GAAUCGAGUGGAAUUGAAUUUGGUUCAUUAGAAUAUUAUUUAUUAUGUGGAAUGGCUGGAAUGUUUUCUUGUGCCGUAACGCACACAGCGAUAGUUCCAUUAGAUUUACUCAAAUGUCGUAUACAGGUUGAUGCGAAGAAAUUUAAUGGAAUAAUUGGUGCAUUGCUAACAACGUAUAACGAAGAAGGAUGUCAUUCGUUCACUAGAGGAUGGUUACCAACAGCGCUCGGUUACUCGUUGCAAGGUUUUGCCAAAUUUGGCUUUUAUGAACUGUUCAAAAUAUUGUAUAGCGAAGUUCUCGGCGAGGAAUUGGCAUAUUAUUGGAGAACAGCGUUGUACUUGUCGGCAGCUGCAUCAGCUGAAUUUAUUGCAGAUAUUCUUUUAGCACCUAUGGAAGCGACCAAAGUGCGAAUGCAAACUCAUCCUGGUGCACCAUCGGAUUUUGUUGAAUGUUUGUCAAUGAUUUAUAAAUCGGAAAGCAUCGUUGGAUUUUAUAAAGGUUUACCGCCUCUUUGGAUGCGACAAAUCCCAUAUACAAUGAUGAAAUUCGCUUGUUUUGAACGAACAAUUGAAUUAUUAUACAAAUUCGUCGUGCCAAAACCACGUUCGGCAACCUCGGAAGCUGAACAACUUGUUGUGACAUUUCUGGCCGGUUAUAUUGCCGGAAUUUUUUGUGCAAUAGUCUCACAUCCAGCAGAUACGGUUGUUUCGAAACUUAAUCAGUCAUAUGGUUCAUCUGUUUAUGAAGUUAUUAAAACUAUCGGAUUUUUUGGAUUGUGGAAAGGACUUUUGCCUCGAAUUUUGAUGAUUGGUACAUUAACGGCUUUACAGUGGUUUAUCUACGAUUCAGCGAAAGUGGUAUUGAAAGUGCCGCGAUUGCCACCGCCACAGUUGCCUUCCACAAAUAUAAUUUUAGCGGCUCCUGGUGAAGUACCCUUUGGUUCAUUGCAAUUUUUCGGUUUAUGUGGUCUAGGUGGAGUGAUAUCGUGUGGUACUACUCAUACUGCUAUUGUACCACUUGAUUUAGUCAAAUGUCGUAUACAAGUAAAUCCAACAAAAUAUCGUGGUAUCGCAAGUGGUUUCAAAACAACAAUAGGAGAAGAAGGUUUCCGUGCUCUAGCGAAAGGAUGGGCGCCAACUUUUUUCGGAUAUUCUCUUCAAGGUCUCGGAAAAUUUGGUUUUUACGAAGUGUUCAAAAUUUUUUACUCGGAUUUACUUGGAGAAGAACUUUCUUAUCAAUGGAGAACAUCUCUUUACUUAGCGGCUUCAGCUUCUGCUGAAUUUUUCGCAGAUAUUAUGCUUGCUCCCAUGGAGGCAACUAAAGUCCGAAUUCAGACAGCACCUGGAUCACCUCCAACACUUCGUGGGUGCGCACCAAUGAUUUGGCGUACUGAAGGAAUCAAAGGGUUUUAUAAAGGUCUUCCACCACUUUGGAUGCGACAAAUUCCAUAUACGAUGAUGAAAUUCGCUUGCUUUGAACGCACUGUUGAAUUGCUUUACAAAUAUGUUGUUCCGAAACCAAGAGAGAAAUGUAGUAAAUCGGAACAACUUGUAGUUACUUUUGUGGCUGGUUACAUUGCCGGUGUCUUUUGUGCUAUUGUUUCGCACCCAGCCGAUACAAUCGUUUCAAAACUUAAUCAAGAUUCCGGUUCCACAGCUACUCAAGUCGCUAAGAAACUUGGGUUUAUUGGUUUGUGGAAGGGUCUUAUUCCACGUAUAAUUAUGAUUGGGACAUUGACUGCUGCUCAGUGGUUCAUCUACGAUUCUGUAAAAGUGAUCUUCAAAUUGCCGCGACCACCACCACCGGAGAUGCCCGAAUCGCUUAAGAAAAAACUGGAAGCUGCUGGGAAACUUCAUUAA